UUCUUCCUCCUCCCAAUUCUCCGCAUCCAUCGCUCUACUCCUCUCCCACCACCUCGAAAACCCUAGAACGCCAUUGCUGCACCUCGAUCUCGAUCUCGAUAUCUAUGGCGCUGCUUCGUAAAACGCUAGCCCAACGCCUCUCCCGCAUCGCGAGGAUCUGCUCCCCUGUCUCGCAGAUCCGAUCGCCUACGGCGGCGGAGGGGAACCGCCGCCGACACCUCCUCCCCGGGGCGGCCGACGAGCCCGGGAUCGUCCGUCGCUUCCUUCAGAAGCGCCCGAUCUUCGAGCCCGCGCUCCCCCCCGACCGCGCCCCCUUCCUCCCCUCCGGCGAUCGCCUCGCCGAGCGCAUCCGCGGCCUCAGCCCCGGCCGGAUCCGCCUCGACGGCCUCGCCCCGCCUCCGCCGCAGAUCGCGCCGGCGGCGGAGGAGGAGAGGGGGGUCACGGUGGAGGAGGCGAGGAAGGUGCUCAGGGCGGCGCAGAUGGAGGCGGCGAGGGCGAGGCUGAGGGCGAUCCCGGGGAGCGUCGUCCCCUACGCCGAGUUCCUCCGCGUCUGCUGCGACGCCUCUAGCUCCGAGCUAGGGCUGGGGAUCGCGCGGUCCCUCGACGAGUCGGGAUCCGUGAUCGUGCUCGGCGACUCGGUCUUCCUCAGACCCGAACUGGUGAUCAAAGCAAUUGAGAACGUCGUACCCCUACCGACGCCCAACCGGAACUACCGGAACGACCCGCGGCGGGAGGAGCUCAGGGCGAUGGAGGCGACGAAGGCGGAGAUAGACCGGAUCGCGGCCGCCCAGGUGCGGAGAGAGCUGUGGGCCGGGCUCGGUUUCCUCGUCGUGCAAACGGCGGGGUUCAUGAGGCUCACGUUCUGGGAGCUUUCCUGGGACGUGAUGGAGCCGAUCUGCUUCUACGUGACCUCGGUCUACUUCAUGGCCGGAUACGCCUUCUUCCUGCGGACGUCGAGGGACCCCUCCUUCGAGGGCUUCUUCGAGAGCCGCUUCUCCGCGAAGCAGAAGCGCCUGAUGCGGGCGCGCAGUUUCGACCUCGACCGCUUCAACGAGCUCAGGAGAGCUUGCCCCUUGCCCCCUGCUCUGCCGCCCGAUCAUUCGCAACCGAUUCAUUCUUCUUCUUCUUCUUCUUCUUCCUCUUCCUACUCCUGCCAUUGUUGCCAUUAGCCUCUGUUUUUUCUAUCGUCGGCUAUUUACCGCAUAAUCUGCGGUUACUGGUUACUCAACAGCUAUAUUUAAAGAGAACUCAAAUGAAUCGCGCCAUACAAUAAAAAACAGAGGAGACAAAAAUUGAGAGGUA